UGAAUGUCAGCGCAUAAAAUGUCAUCGUCACAAAAUGUUCGGAUGUCUUUAGAUUGCACGGGAAUUUUUUUCUACAAUUUUUCUAAUAACUUUGUUUACCUUAUUUCAUCGUUUUAUUUAAAUUUAGAUUUUAAACGUCUGUAAAAGCCACAUCGGUGUCCAUUCAAUUUCCCAGCCGAGCGUUUUCUCUACGAAAAUCGUGUGGAUAAGUUGACCGAGCGAGAAAAUAUUGUCAUUCUUGGGGGCACCUUUCCCAAUAAGCCACAGAAAAGUUGACGUCGGGCCGAGAAAAGAAAAAGGAAACAGUCGAACGAACCCGAAACAGUAAAGAUUUCAGCUUGGGGACUGAAGUAAUUAUUGGAAACGUUUGCAGUGAUUGAGAUAUAAUUGCCGAAUGUGUGUGACUUUUCCGAUGUCAGUGUUCUCGUUGUUUGCUUGAAGUAUUUUCAGUUUCGUGUCAUUUGUGGCCUGUUGUGACUCGCAGUGAACUUCGCCAGAGACUUGAACGCUGGAAAAUGUGUUGAACGGGACGUGUUGCACGUUCUCGUGACUGUUAUUGGCAUUCAUUCACUAUUAUCCUUCUGGCAAACUAAACGUUCCAUUCCAGUAUUAUUUUCGCUAGUUUCUAACUUAGUUCCGCGAAGGGCUGUCCGCGUGUAGCGACGAAUAAGAGCAAAACGUCCCAUUUAACUCUUCGCAUACAUUCCAAGUCGAUAAGUCACCAGGCACCUCGGAAAACAGCUUACAGCCGAUAACCGGAUCGCAAACAUAGUCCUAAAAUGAAUUCCGAGCAUGGGUUUAAUCCGGCCUUUAAUAUGGCCACAAUCCGGCAAGCGUUCAGCGAAGCUGUCGAACGGGUAAGAAUGCCCACACCAACAAGACUCAGGGACUUGAUACGACAGAUUCGAGCGGCCAGAACAGCGGCAGAGGAGCGGGCGGUAGUAAAUAAGGAAUGUGCCUACAUCAGGAGUACGUUUCGGGAAGAGGAUUCUGUGUGGCGAUGUCGAAACAUAGCAAAACUUCUCUACAUACACAUGCUGGGCUAUCCGGCACAUUUUGGGCAGCUAGAAUGCUUAAAACUGACAGCAAGCACAAGAUUCACAGAUAAACGGAUAGGAUACUUAGGUGCUAUGCUGCUUUUGGACGAGAGACAAGACGUACAUCUACUUAUAACCAACUGCUUAAAGAAUGACUUAAAUAGUUCUACACAAUUUGUCGUCGGCCUAGCAUUAUGCACCCUAGGAGCAAUUGCAUCACCAGAAAUGGCUCGAGAUUUAGCCAGUGAAGUGGAAAGGUUAAUGAAGUCUCCAAAUACUUAUAUAAGGAAAAAAGCAAUUUUAUGUGCGUUUCGUGUAAUACGAAGAGUUCCCGAGCUUAUGGAAAUUUUCUUGCCAGCAACAAGAUCGUUGUUGAGUGAGAAGAAUCAUGGUAUACUUAUAACGGGCGUAACUCUAAUCACAGAAAUGUGCGAGAACAGCGUAGACACAUUAAACCAUUUCAAAAAGGAUAGUGGAAAUCGAGAGAUUGUACCGAAUUUAGUGAGGAUUUUGAAAAAUCUUAUACUGGCUGGAUAUUCACCCGAGCAUGAUGUUAGUGGCGUUAGUGAUCCAUUCUUACAAGUGAAAAUCCUACGUUUACUACGCAUACUGGGACACAACGAUCCAGAUGCGUCUGAAGCAAUGAAUGAUAUUUUAGCUCAAGUUGCAACUAACACGGAAACUAGUAAAAAUGUAGGAAAUACGAUUUUAUAUGAAACAGUUAUAUCGAUUAUGGACAUAAGAUCCGAAGGAGGAUUACGAGUUCUGGCUGUUAAUAUUUUGGGUCGGUUUUUAUUGAAUAGCGACAAAAACAUUCGAUACGUUGCGCUGAAUACAUUGUUGCGCACCGUGCAUGCAGAUACAUCUGCUGUGCAGAGGCAUCGGACCACAAUAUUGGAGUGUCUCAAAGAUCCGGAUGUCUCGAUUCGGAGACGAGCUAUGGAGUUGUCGUUCGCUUUGAUAAAUGGCCAAAAUAUUCGAACGAUGACUAAGGAGUUGUUGGUUUUCUUAGAGAAGGCGGACUCGGAGUUUAAAGCUCAAUGCAGUUCGGGAAUGGUAUUGGCAGCUGAACGUUACGCGCCUUCUACGCGUUGGCAUUUAGAUACUCUUUUAGCUGUUUUAAUUGCUGCUGGCAACUAUGUUCGCGAUGAUGUGGUCUCUUCCACAAUUCAACUGAUAUCAAGUAGUCCACCCAAUGAACAAUCUUACAUAGCAAUACGACUAUGGGAAUCGCUACAGGUGUCUAACCACUGCGAAGAUAAGCAACCUUUACUCCAAGUCGCAGUGUGGUCGAUUGGAGAAUAUGCCGAUCUCUUUUUAUAUGCUGAAGGGAAUGAGGAUUUUGAAAAACCGAAAGAGUUAGAAUUAAUAGAAAUGUAUCAUAAAUUCUUAUCGUCAACACAAGUGUCCGUAACGAGUAAGCAAUUCGCACUGGUGUCAAUCAUGAAACUCAGUUCAAGGAUUCAAUGCUGUCAUGAGGAAAUCAAAACCAUCGUCGAAACCUUUGGCACUCAUUUGAACGUGGAUCUGCAACAACGUGGUGUUGAAUUCACACAACUUUUUGGUGCAAACAAUCAUCUUCGCAGUGCCCUAUUAGAGAAGAUGCCACCGAUGCAAAUCACUCGUGUAUCGCCGCAAAAUGGCACUCCCCCGGAUGAAAGCGGCAGUGAUUUACUUGAGAAUGGACUGCAAGAGGACAGUCCCAGUGUUGACCAGUCAUCCAAUAUAUUACUGGAUCUACUAGGUGGCUCGGAUAUCUCGGAUAAAACAGCUACAACAAAUAUACAAAGGAAAAAUUCAAAGAACGCAAAUCAAAAUGUAUCUGAACCAAGUAAUCAAGAUUUAUUAGAUCUGUUAGGUGGCAUCGACUUAAACGUUCCACCGCCGAUGACUAGUAGUAUUCCAAUUGCAACAGCAGAAAAUAGUAGCACGUUAAAUGGCAAUGAUUUAUCACAAUUGAACUCGGUUAAUUUCAACACGAUAACACAACCUGCUGUUGAUGCUAGUAUGUUAACAAACUCAUUUUUAGAUGAUUUAUCAUUAACACAAAAUACAAUGCAGCCUUGUGGUCCGCAAAUAACAGCCUUAGAAAAGAAUGGUAUUCUUGUUCAGUUAGUACCGUCGAAAGGAAAUGGGUGUCUGCAGAUCUUCAUGACGACAACAAACAGUUCGUUAAGUUCAAUAGAGCAAUUUUUAUUUCAGGCUGCUGUUCCUAGGAGUUUUACAUUACAAAUGCUUUCACCGUCUGGAUCGACACUUCCACCUGGUGGAACAAUUACACAAGAAUUACGAGUAGUUAGUACAUCGAAGGCUGUCCUUAGAAUGAGACUUCGCAUAUCAUAUGUAUUAGACGGUCAACCAGUUCUCGAACAAACUGAAGUGAGCGGAUUCCCGGAGAAUUGUUUCGACUAGUGCAACAAGGCGAAAACCAACAAACGAGGAAAAUAUACCCUAAAUAAGCUGUUAUUUCUCUAUUGUAUUGUUUAGUGAUUAACAAGAAAAGGAGAUAUCUUUUAUAUAAAUAUACAUAUACAAGGCGAUAAAAUAAAUUCAAAACAAGAAGCACUGUAUGAUGUUAUAGAGCCACGGUAAUUUAAAAUAUUAUUAUUCUUAUGUAUGUAUUUCUCUUUAUAAAAAUUCGAUCGACAUUUUUUUUAUAAAAAAUAAUAUUACGUAUAUCUAACUAUUCGGAGAGCAGAGCCAUGCGGACGGGGUCCAGAGCGUCGCUUGCGCGCGUCAAAUCACCUCCGCGGCAUGCAAAACUCUUGAAACGAAUCACUCGGAAAAUAACAACCAUUCAUUUUACCCUAAAUACAAAUUGCGUAAUUGUCCAAAAGCAAGCAAAUGAGUUCGGCAAGAAAAAAGACGUUGUCUAAGUUUUUUUUCCAUUUUCAUUUUGUAUUGAUUAGUCGAUAGUGUUGAAUGUAUUUUAUUUAGCUGUAAUAACUCUUGUUAAGUCAUCUCUACAAUCUGAUCAUUAUUUUUCUAAUUUAAAAACAAAGUACGCUAUACUAUUCUAUUUUAUGCAGAGAAGCGAGGAAGAUUGUACGGAAACGAUUGAAGCUAUAUUAGAGACCGAGAGAAGUUAAAUAUUGUGUAGUUGAUAAAAGCAAAGUGUCGUGAUAAAAGCUCUAGAGAAAUUUGUUUAAAACAAGAAAAUAUACGGAAGCAUCUAUGAAGAAAGAAGUCACUGUCAAUGUGAGAAAUAUUGUCUUUUAACACAUCUUAA